AUGGCAGCGGGAACCGUGUUAUUGUUUCCGGCGGUGAUUUGUUUGCCGUGCGCUGCUGGUUUUUUCUGGUUAAAAGACCCAUUAGACUUUGUUGAUGACUGUUAUUCAAGAGAUAAGUAUGCACUUUGCUAUGGUUUUGCUGUGAGUCCCAUUAAUGGAAUGGACAUGUGGCCUACGCCUAAACCACCUGAAGAUGUUUAUGAAAUCCUUCUACCACCCGUGUAUAAAAUUGGUCCGGGUAGACCAAAGAAAUUGAGAAUUAGAGGAGUUGAUGAAGAUGGUGCUAGGAAGAGGUCAAGAGGUGUUGCUUACAGUUGCACCAGGUGUAGUGAGUUUGGCCAUAAUGCAAGAGCAUGCAAGAGCAAAACUCAAACCCAAGAGGGUUUGAAAAGAAAGAGGAAACCACCAAAACGUAAAGCUGAAUGUAAUGCAAGCCCUGGUGAAGCAGGAGGUAAUGCAAGCACCGGUGAAGCUGAAGUUGUGGUUGGAACUGUGAGUGGCGCAAGUCAGUCACUAUUUGAAGAGAUCUCUGAUGAAGUUAUGGCAACAAUUCCUGAAGUAAUGGUUGAAGACAUUGCUGAAGCUAAUAAGGACAAUGCAGACCAUGAAAAAGACAAUGUUGUGAAGGGCAAGGCUCUGAAGAAGAAAUCUAUGAAGAGGAAAUUGUAUCAUGGGAAAAGGACAAGAAGUAGUGAAAGGAUCAUGCAACAAGCUUUAGCGAAACCAAUUGUUGGAGUUGGUUCAAGUAUUGUCCAGCCUAUAGUGAUUAAAGAGCCACGUGAAGGGAUAUUAACACAAGAAGAUUCAACAAAGCUUGGAACUUGUUAUAGAGCCAUGAAAUCUUGGAAAAAUAUUAACAAAAAUUAGUGCUUACUUGUGUAAUGUCUUAUGACUAUAUAUGCUUAUUUUGUGUACAUUAUGCACUAUAUG